AUGCGAAAUGCGGCACCCAUUUCAUGCCGGACCCAUUUCAUGCCGGACCCAUUUCAUGCCGGACCCAUUUCAUGCCGACAGAUGGAUGCAUAUAAAGGAUUCAGCGCUUACUCUUCUGUUUCUUGUCGAAUACGUUCUUCCUUUUGGAUUCUUAUAUUUUCUCUUCUUGCGUUAGAUUCGUCCUCUGUUUUAUUUUCAGUCCUUUCGGCUACAGCUUCUCACAUAACAGCUCUUCUUGCUUUUGCUUAUUCCUCUAUUUCCUUUUGUCUUCUUUUCUCGCUCUCUCUCUCCCCGCCCCACACACAGGUCUGCUCUCCUCCUCAUAUUACCCUCUCCUUCUAUCUCAUUAGUUCGCUUCUGAGCCCCGCGUCCCCUGAGAAUAUAUUUGCCCAUCAGCCUCCCGCCAUAUCUCUAUCUGAUCCUGAGACAGACGUAAUCGCUGCCUUCUUUUUCCCUCUCAUUCUAAUCUCCUCUUUUCUUCAAGGGCAUUUUCCAUUUUAUGAUCUCCACUGGACAAAAUUCUCUUAA